ACACGCACACAAAAACACUUCCUCUCACACCACUUCAGCCAGCAGUAGAAGAGACACGUGCCUGAAGCAGCAGCGAUAAGAUGUCUCAUACUUUUCAAGAAAAAAAAAAGUCUAACAUGGAGCGGGGAAUGGAUAUGAAGGAUGAGGAGAAACUGUAUAAGCGAAACGGGAUCCUCUACCCCACGAUCAUGAGCCCACCAGAGAACCUGGAUGCCUUAAAAGACCUGGAGGCCAGGGAGGACGAUAUCAUGCUGGUGGCAUAUCCCAAAUGUGGUUGUAACUGGAUGGUGGGAGUGUUGAGGAAAAUCAUGACUACAUGUGGAUACACUCUGCCUGAAAGGCCACGGCUGAUUGAGUUCCACUCUCCAGAAGUACAGAAGAUUGAAGCAGAGAUGCCUUCACCGCGAUUUAUGGCAUCUCAUUUGCACCCUGAUGACAUCCCUGUUUCAUUUAAGACCAACAAAACAAAGAUAUUGGUGGUGUUUCGAAACCCUAAAGACACUGCUGUCUCUUAUUACCAUUUUAUGAACAACAACCCAGUGCUGCCCAAGACCGAAUCCUGGGAUAAAUUCUUCUCCGACUUUAUGUCUGGUGAAGUGUGCUGGGGUUCUUAUUUUGACCAUGCCCUGGCCUGGGAGAAACACGUGGAUGACCCUAAUGUGUUGAUUGUGACGUAUGAGGAACUGAAAGAGAAUCUGCUUGAGGGUGUACAGAAAAUCGCAAACUUCUUCAACUUCCCUCUGACAGAAGAACAGGUCAAGGGGAUUGCUGGAGAGAGCACUUUCAGUGCCAUGCAGCUUAGCUCGAAAACCUCUCUUGGAAAGUACACCAAUGUCUUUUUACGGAAAGGUGAGGUGGGAGACUGGAGGAACCAUUUCACAGAGUCUCAGAGUAAACAAAUGGAUGAAGAGUUCAAGAAGAAACUUUCAGGAACCAAACUGGGAGCCAAGCUUAAAUAUGAUCAGUACUGUCAGUAAUCUAACGUCUGUGGGAAAAUGACAUGUUUUUUCCUCAACAGUUAUUUUAAGGCAUAAGAAAUUGCACAUUGCACUUUGCCAAUGACACUGUUUACAGUAUACUACAAUAUAUUAAUUACAAACUCGGACAUACUGUGAUAGCCAUAUUAAUUACAAUUCAGCACCAGGGACACAAAUCUUUUGAUUACAUUCACCAAAAUUAUUUGUUAAAUGAUUUGUACAUUGCCAUUACACGAUAGUUUUGAGAGAGUGGUCACUGAUAAGAAUACAAAUAUAAUUUACAAAAAACAAAUAAAUAGUUUUUCAAAGCAACAAAAAAACCUCUUAUUUUUAUACAUUCAUAUACAGCUUAUUAUACUUUAAACACCACAACAACAGUAGCAAGGAUAAGGGUUGUCUAGUUUUCGCUUUGUCAUGCUCUCUUUUCAAAUUCACUGUUCCUCCCUCUUCUUUGUUGGAAGGGUGGAGACUUAAUUAACCAUGCAUAUAUCAGCUGAGCUGGCAUCAGUGAGUCAGCAGAUUUUCAUUUAUUUAUUCAGUUCAUUUACAAAAAACUGUUACAAGUUUGUGUGUUUUUAUUUUAUUUUACAAAUGUACUGAGAAAAUAGGGCCGCUUAAUAACUAUUUUUACCUAAGCCAACAUCAAAUAUAUUAUAAUUGCCUGCAUUUUGUCAUAUGCUGAAUUUCAAAUAGAAAAAUAUUUUUUUUUUCCUUUGCAUGACUCAAAUUUUAGUCUACAUCAUGUUUUUUGUAUAAAGACAUCAUCAAACAUUAUAUAUUCAUAUUAUUUGUAUUAUUCAUUUGUGCAUUGAAAACUUCUCCAAAGUUCUACUGUACGUUUGUCCCUUUUCCUCUCGUUGAACCAGUAAAACUUGCAUUCAAACCAAAA